AUGGCCGCCGUAUCAAGCAUCGAGGUAUGGCUGGGAACGUCAAAUGACUGGCUUGGCAGCACUGACAGGCCUACCAAAGAACAAGGUGCCUUUCAGGGUGACGAGUUCACGCCCGUUCCACAGGCACCCAUCCUGCGCGUUCGAUCCAGAGAAGAGUAUUUAUUUUUCUUCUCCAAUCAUCCAGACAGCCACGCAAUCAUCGUCGAAAGAUCUGGGCACUGGGAGGAUAUAUACGCCCUCACCUCUUCAGCCACAGAGGCCUCAUUCUCUGAUGGCGCUUAUGGCAUUUAC